CAACGCCAUUUUAUAGACAGUGUAAGUCAGGUGAAAUGUUUUAAUAAUAUAAUAAAAAAAACCGUUUAAUAUAAAAUAAAUCAAACACUUUAAAAAAGAGUUGAUUAAUAAAAAAUUGUUUUGUAAAAUGUAGACAAUUUUUAUAUGUGGUUUUAUCUAAUACCAUUAAAAAUGGUUUUCUAUUUAAAAUCGUUAUUUAAAGUAGCGAGUUACUUUUGAUACCAAUUAUAAUUAUGUAUCUUUACAACUCUAACUACUUUUGACAGUUCAGCUUUCAUAAUUUUUAGUUUUGGCGGGAAAAGAGGAAGAUACAUCUGGAUGCCAAACAUGGAGAUCAGCAUAAAAUGGAACAUUUGCCGCGUUUGUUUGGCAGAGGAAAGGCAAAAUCAUGGUGCAAAAUAUAUUUUGAUUGAUUCUAAAAUAGUCAAACAAAUUUCUGAUAUUACUAGUGUGCAGAUGGAAAGAAGUGACAACCUGCCAGACAAGAUUUGUCGUAAAUGCUUACUUCUACUGAAAUAUGCAUACCACUUUAGAACAACCUGUCGAAAUUCGGAAGAGUACUUGCAGUCAGUCAUUCAAAAGACUAAAUCAGCAACAUCCAUGUUAAAAAUGGAUAAACAAAGAGAGCGUUCAGUGGAAUUACUAGAAGAAAUAUUUCACGAGGAUGUAGAAUUCAUUUCAUUAAAUGAGCAACGGGAUCCAGAAACAGAGGAAUAUUUUGAUACUAAGGAGGAAAUUCUACCGAGCCCGUUUACAUUAUCCGAAAAUAUUGGUGAUAGUAGAGACAAUACUAACACCCAUUUUACAAGUACUAUUCCUAGUACGUCGGUUGUCUUAAAAAAGCAGGAAUAUCAUAGAAAGGAAAGUGCUACGCAUAUCACGAGGUAUGAUGAUAGCAAUGAUAAUAAAAAAAAUAAUAGCAACAAUAUUGAUAUGAACUCGGCUGACAGAAAUAUUAAUAAGAUACAUAACGAAACCAUUACAACGCAGAAGUUUAUAGGUCCAGACGAUGAAGAAUCUGAAAUGGAUGGUAUUUAUGAAAAUAGGAAAACAAAUUAUAAGCAUAGACAUUUACAAAGAUCAAACAGAAAACUGAGUAAGACACAAAAAGAACAAAAUUGUUCAGAACAGCUGCUCACAGCACAAGAUUAUGAGGAAGAUGAACUAGCGGACUUUAAUGACAGUAAAACAAAUUCAAAGCAAAACCCUUUACGAUUACCUAAAUACAAUACCGAAAGUAGCGUGGAUGCCUUGGAUUAUGAUGAUGACAAUAAAAUCGGCGAUGAGGAUAUAAUCGAUGAGAAUAAUGAUUACAAUUCCAAUAAUGAUAACAAAGAAGAUGAAAUUGAUAACUCAGUGGAAACCGAAAUUAGAAUAGAUAAGUUAAAGUCAUCUAGCAAUUCACCUACACACGAAGCAGAAACAAAACUACAGGCCGAAGAGGAGUUAUACUACUUAAUCGAAGAACCCGUCGUUAAAACAGAGGAGUUGUCGAAUUCUCAAAUUGAAGAUGUAGAACUAGAUGCGAAUGCAGAUGCCGGAAUUCAGCUAAUAGAUAAUUACGCAGAAAUAGAUGUUAGUGAAGAAGACGAAGAACCUGAAUAUGAUGACUCGGAACCACCGAGGUCUGUGGUACAGAUAGAAGAGUAUCUAAUCGAUGAAAUCGAUAAUGAAUCGGUGCAACAGCACGAACUAGAAUUAAAUGAGGAACAAUUAACAAAACGGCCCAGCUCAACUACAAUUAAAAUCACAGAUCGAGCUUCACCUCAUAUACGCAAAAAAGGGAAUGAUUCGUAUUUUUUUUCCUGUGACGUUUGUGGUAAUCACUUCACCAGCCGAAGCCUUAGAAAUUAUCACAUGAGAAUACACCGCAAGGAAAAAAAUUUUGAGUGCGAGCUAUGUUUCAAACGCUUUACAGCGGCGUGUAAUCUAACGGCGCAUAUGCGUAUUCACACAGGAGAAAAACCAUACGAAUGUAAAUAUUGCUUACGAAGAUUUACGGAUCGAAGUACGCAUGUAAAACACGAACGGGUGCAUACGAAUGAGAAACCUUUCCAAUGCAACAUUUGUGGCAAAUCAUUUGCUUUAUCGACUACGCUUCGCACGCACGAAAAAGUGCACACGAAUGAAAAGCCUUUCAAAUGUGAGCCGUGCGAGAAAUCAUUCAAACUGCCCCAUCAGUUAAAAUCUCACCUGCUCACCAACCAACAUAAAAACAUUGUAACAGCUAAUGAGCUAGGGAAUUAUAACUAAAUAAAGUUAUUACCUAUAGCUUA